UUUGUAGAAGAUUUUUGAAAUGGAUGAAACCGAAGUAAAAGAAUAUCGCUGGGAAGGCGGUUAUGAAAAAACAUGGGAGGAAGUGAAAGAAGACGAAGGAGGAAAUGUUGAAUGGUCAGUUAAAGAGAUUAUUGAAAAAUCUAARCGAUUACUGGCAAUUCGGCAGCCUAAUGUUCGCUUAGGCAUGAUGCGACAUUUGUUUGUUAUUAUAGAUAGUUCUAAUUCAAUGGUUGAAAAGGAUUUAAAACCUACUAGGCAACUGUGUACUUAUAAAUUGCUCCAGGAUUUUAUUCAAGAUUAUUUUGAUCAAAACCCAAUCAGUCAACUUGGUCUGAUAACUACAAGAAAUUCAUCUGCAGAACGUAUAUCAGAAUUAUCUGGCAAUAGAAAAUAUCAUCUUGAAGAAUUGAAAAAAACUUUUGGUGAUUUUAAUUAUUGCAACGGAUUGAUGUCUGUGCAAAACUCUUUAGAAAUUGCAUUGUCAGUUAUGAAAAUGUUGCCUUCCCAUACUAGUAAAGAAAUACUUAUUAUUGGAUCUAGUUUGAGCUCUUGUGAUCCAGGUGAAAUAAAUACUACUAUAGAAAUGCUUAAAACAAAUAAUAUAAGAGUUUCAAUGAUACACCUGGCUGCYGAAGUGCGAAUGUUUCGACAUUUGUGUAAUGAAACUAAAGGCAAGCAUAAUGUAAUUGUAGAUGAUGUACAUUAUAAACACAUUCUUUGGUCAUUGGUGGAACCUGUUCCACUUCCAAAUUCAGUUGAUGCAUCAUGUGUGAAAAUGGGUUUUCCUCAAGAGUUAGAACAAAAGCCACCAUUCACCACAUGCUCCUGUCAUUUAGCAGAGGGUGGCAAAUUAAACGCAAAGGGUUUCUUUUGCCCACAAUGUAACAGCAAGUAUUGUGAAUUACCUGUGGAGUGCAAAUGCUGUGGCCUCAUUCUCGUGUCUUCUUUACAUCUUGCUAGAUCAUUACAUCAUUUGGUUCCUAUUAAGCCAUUUAUAAAAAUUGAGCUUGAAGAAGGUUCUAGUGCCUACUGCUAUGGAUGUAGAAAAAGAAUAAAGGUCCCUGCUGAAAAUGUUUAUUUUUGUGAAUCUUGUAAAAAACAUUACUGUGACGGCUGUGACAUUUUUGUGCAUAAUACGUUACAUGUGUGUCCAGGUUGUGCUGUUAAACGAGAUGAAAAAAGAUAACGUACAAAACAAUUGGAAUGGUUUUUUUUUUUUAAUCAAUGGAUUACUUUGAGCAUAAACUAAGCAAUUUAAGAGUA